UAUUUAGACAAGAAAGUCACGAGAUUUGUUUCCUGACCACAGACCAUGCGAUUACAGAAUGGUAUAUAAAAACGUGGCAAACGUUGCUCUGAGUUCGAGUAUAUAAAAACUAACAUAACCUCAGUGAUAUGCUGCAAAAUAAUAUCACAAAACGAAUAAUGUCAAAUUUACGCUUAGCAUUGGUUCAACUUGCAGUUGGAAAUGAAAAACCUGAAAAUGUAAGGAGAGCAAUUUCAUUUAUCGAGGAAGCAAAAAAAAAGGGAGCUGACAUUGUUACUCUGCCAGAAUGUUUUAAUUCUCCAUACGGAACAUCACACUUUCCAAAAUAUGCGGAGACAAUUCCCAAUGGCGAAACAUGUAAUGCAUUAUCAGAAGCUGCGAAAAGAAAUGAAAUUUAUGUUAUUGGCGGUACAAUUCCUGAAAGAGAUGGUGAUAAAUUGUAUAAUACUGCCACUGUUUGGAAUCCACAGGGAAAAUUAAUUGCAAAGUACAGAAAGAUCCACUUAUUCGAUAUUGAUAUCAAAGGUAAAAUAACAUUCCGAGAAAGUGAUACCUUGAGUCCUGGUGAUUCUUUAGCAACUUUUGAGGCAAAAGGAUGUAAAAUUGGAAUUGGUAUUUGUUACGACCUUAGAUUUGAGGAAUUAGCUCGUGUAUAUAGAAAUCAAGGUUGUCAAAUGCUAAUAUAUCCUGGAGCUUUUAAUUUAACAACUGGUGUACUACAUUGGACACUUCUGCAACGUUCACGAGCAAAUGAUAAUCAAUUAUACGUUGCUUGUGUUUCGCCAGCAAGAGGAACAGGCGAUGGAUACAUUGCCUAUGGACAUACCCAACUUACUAAUCCAUGGGGUACUAUUUUACGAGAAUUAGAGGAAAAAGAAGACAUGAUAGUUGAAGACAUAGAUUUAAAUGUCAUUGAAGAGGUGAGAUCACAAAUUCCAGUUUCUCGUCAAAGGCGCACCGACUUGUAUGACACUGUUUGGAAAAAAUCAUAAAAAAAAAUUUUUAAAUAAAUUAAUUCAGGGUUAUCGAAUUUUAAACAGAAAUACUCUCUUAAAAUCUACAAAAAGAAUUUCACAUAUUUUUUUAAUAAAAACAAUAUUUAUAUUCGUUAUUAUAAAUUAGUGAAUAAGGAAAAUUUAUUCAAUAUAAAUAUGUAAAUAAAUUUUUGUAUUUUUAAAAUACUAAUAAAUUUUCAAAAAAAUAAUUUAAAAAAAUAAUAAAAGAAAAAUUAGAAACUAAAAAA